AUGUUUGCUGCUGCUACAAAGAGCUUUGUCAAGCAAGUUGGAGAUGGAGGGAGAUUAGUUCCUGUACCAAGUCUCAGUGAAGCUGACAAGUACCAACCUCUAAGUUUGGUGGUAAAAAAGAAGCGAUGCUUUUUGUUUCCUAGACACAAAUUUACCUCAACACCUUUCACACUGAAAGAUAUUCUCCUAGGAGACAGAGAAAUUUCAACUGGUAUUUCAUCUUAUCAGUUGCUGAAUUAUGAAGAUGAGUCAGAUGUUUCACUUUAUGGGAGGCGAGGCAACCAUAUUGUAAAUGAUGUGGGGAUUAAUGUUACUGGAUCCGAUUCCGUCGCAGUCAAAGCUUCCUUUGGAGUAGUAACCAAGCAUGAAGUGGAAGUAUCAACAUUACUCAAGGAAAUUACUACACGAAAAAUUAACUUUGACCACAGCUUGAUCCGUCAGUCAAGGAGCAGCAGAAAGGCAGUGCUAUGUUUGGUCAUGGAGAGCAUCCGUACCACACGCCAGUGCUCGCUGUCCGUGCACGCUGGAAUCCGAGGGGAAGCCAUGCGGUUUCAUUUUAUGGAUGAACAGAAUCCCAAGGGAAGGGAAAAAGCUAUUGUUUUUCCAGCACAUACAACCAUAGCUUUCAGUGUUUCUGAACUCUUCAUUUACUUGGAUGGUGCCUUUGACCUUUGUAUCACUUCAGUGUCAAAAGGAGGAUUUGAAAGGGAAGAAACAACAACAUUUGCACUGCUCUACCGACUAAGAAAUAUCCUAUUUGAAAGAAAUAGACGAGUCAUGGAUGCCAUUUCUCGUUCCCAGCUUUACCUGGAUGAUCUUUUUUCUGACUUCUAUGAUAAACCUCUGAGCAUGGCGGAUAUUUCCCUCAAGGAGGGGACUCACAUCCGAGUCAAUUUACUUAAUCAUAACAUUCCAAAAGGGCCCUGCAUACUCUGUGGAAUGGGGAAUUUAAAGAGGGAGACGGUGUAUGGGUGCUUCCAGUGUUCUGUUGAUGGAAUGAAGUAUGUGAGACUUCAUGCAGUCCCUUGUUUUGAUAUUUGGCACAAGAGAAUGAAAUAAAAAGAA